UGGAAGCACGCGCUGGAACUUCCGUAUUUUGGCUUGUAAACAGCGUGAGAAAGCUACUCAGCGUACAGGCCGAGCGCGGACUCGCGGACGGAACAAGAUGACCAAACCUCGGGUCAACGACAGCGACAUCGUGUCUGUGAAGAGCAAGUUCGAAGCCGACAUAAUACGCUUCUCGAUCAGCAUGGGCGCCGACGCCAGUCCCAUCAGCUUCGAGGAGUUCCGGAAGUCGCUGGCGGAGAAGCACGGCAUCGGCGAGCACACGAAGUUCAUCAUUUGCUACAGCGAUCCGAUCGACAACGACCUCUUACCGAUAACCAACGACAACAACCUGGCCAGGGCGAUCGCCACGACGAGGCCGCUGCUGAAGGUCUACAUUCAACGACAAGACGACGCGAGCCAGGCCGGCGGCGCGAGCAAGCCGAGGACCUUGAUGUCGAGCAUCUGGACGAACGCAGCAGCCAAGGCCAAGCCCUUGGUCAUAUCCGAGCCCCGGAAUUUCCGACAGGUGUCGGCGAUCAUCGACGUGGACAUCCUGCCGGCGACCAGCCGUCGAGUGAGAAUCUUGAAGCACAGCAUGGACAAGCCGCUGGGCUUCUACGUGAAGAAUGGCGAUAGUUACCGGUUGCACGCGAAUCGCGGCAUCGAGAAAGUGCAGGGAGUGUUCAUCAGCCGAGUGGUGCCGGGAGGCUUGGCCGAAGCAACGGGUUUGCUGGCCGUCGACGACGAGGUGCUGGAAGUCAACGGCAUCGACGUCGUGGACAGAACGUUGGAUCAGGUGACGGACAUGAUGGUGGCCAAUUCGUCCAACCUGGUGAUCACGGUGAAGCCGGCGAUAUCCGACCGCCAGUCGCAGUGGCGCUCCAGUCGAGUGUCGUCGGGUAGCCAAAAGAGCGCGGCCACAAGGAGCAGCGAGGAGGACACCGACGAGAUAGUUGACUUGACCGUGAUACACCAAUGCGACCACGUCGCCACCCACUACAACGAAUUCGAGGAAGUUACGCACCUAUGAGCGUA